UGACGGUCGAUGACUAAUGGUGAAACGAAGCGUAAAGUCAAUGACAAAUAAGAAAGAAAAAUAAUUUGAAUAACAAACUUAAAAGAUUUAUUUAAUUCGAGUGAUCGGAGAAAAAACUCUUGCAUCGCAAGAAUGGACAAAAUACUUCGAUGCGGAUCCUCAAUGACACAUGGAGACGGUCGGAUCAAUAUAACGCAGGCGGUCUUUGACCCGAUCAGCCUGGAUUUGAUCAACGGUCAGAAAUCUGAAUUGGCGCGCGCGCAAUUUCAUCGUGCAGAACUACUUGUUCUUGCUUCAAACCUCCAAUUGCUUGACAGCUAAACCAAGCAGGUGGGUUUUGGCGGCAGAAAAUCAGAAGCCAGAUUCCAUCCUCAGUUUCUCUCCGCAUUUCGUUCCCCCUUUGCAGCGUGAAAUAUCACUGGAAACAAGAAAGAGAGCGAAGGCAACACUGAGAAAAAGGGAAGAUCAAGAAAAAUCGGCGGCCCUUCCAUUCUGAGUCAGCCGUUUAUUUGGUCGCCGAGAAAAUGGACGACGAGGAAAUGGUGAUGUUCCAAUCAGAUUGGUGCUCUCCCAGGCGACUCCACGACAGCCCCACUGAAUACCACUUUCCCGCUGAUCGUUACAUCCCCAACAGAAGCUUGAUGAAUCUUGAUCAAGUCCGUAGCUCCUUCACAAACGGAACCAGACCACUCUACAAUCCCAAGUUCAGUGAUCUUUACAGGAGGAGGUUAUCAGAUAGCCUAACUCUGGACUCAGAAGGGAAACCCUUGAGGAUGUUGGUUUUCAGAGGAAGCCCCAAAUCCAGCCGUAAACCUCUUCGUUUCAUCGACCAGAUGCGACAGGAAGACGCAGCGGUACUCUCUCGUGUUCACCAAACCCAUCAACCUCGCCGUUUGCCCAAGAAAGAAACGAGGAUCCUGGACGCUCCAAGCAUCAGGAAUGAUUACUACGGGAGCAUAAUCGACUGGGGCAAGAACAAUGUGCUCGCCAUUGUUCUAGGGAGAGAAUUGUAUCUCUGGAACUCCCUGAACCAAUCAGUAACCAAGUUGUUGGACGUUGAGCAGAUUAGCAUCAACGAUGACCACGACCGCCCCAUCAGCGUAGCUUGGUCGCAGGAUUCGAGAAGCUUGGCGGUUGGUUACAUGUUCUCCAAGCUGCAGCUCUGGGAUGUCGAGACUUCCAAAUGCAUUCGAAGCCUGCAAGGGCAUACAUCGAGGAUUUCAACGAUUGCCUGGAACGGUCAUACUGUAACAUCAGGAAGUCGAGACAGGUCCAUCACGAACCAUGAUGUGAGGGCAGGCAGCAGCCCGAUUUCGUGCAUAGUAAGGCACACAGAUGAGGUUUGCGGGGUGAAAUGGUCGGGAGGAGGCAACUUGCUUGCGAGUGGUGGGAACGAGAACUCGGUCUACAUUUGGGAAGCUUCAAAGAUGAGCUCGUCCAAAUUUCUGCACCGCUUCACCGAACAUACAGCUGCUGUCAAAGCUCUCGCAUGGUCUCCUUACCAAUUCGGGGUACUUGCCUCAGGAGGAGGAACAAAUGAUAGGUGUAUCAAGCUUUGGAAUACUCAGAAUGGAACCCGCUUGGCAAGUGUUGACACUCAAGCCCAGAUAUGUGGACUGGAAUGGAACAGACAUCAUAAGGAGAUCCUAGGUGGGCAUGGAUAUGGCACCGGGGCGCUCAGAAAUCACCUGUCCUUAUGGAAGUACCCCUCCAUGGAAAGAGUUGGGGAGCUUAGAAAUCAUAACUCAAGAAUAAUCAGUCUCUCUCAGAGUGCUGAUGGAUUAACUGUGGUUUCAGCUGGCGCGGAUGAAACUCUUAGGUUCUGGGAGAUCUUUGGGCCACCAUGUAAGGAGAAGCUUUCAGAUCUUGACAGCCUUCUAUCUCUCAAAACAUCUCCGAUGAGAUAGAUAGACAGCUUUUUGAACUGAACCCAGUAUUGGUUACAAAGGUCACCUGUUUGCCUAUUCCAUUGUAAAUUACUGCCUAUCAAUAGAAGGUUAUAACUGUGAAUAGACGUCAGAAAGUGAA